GUGUGUAAACAACGUUUGUUUUCCUUUAAUUCGGUGCUGCAAAAAUUGCACCUUUUUGUUGUCAUGAACAAACCAAAGCUACUCGUGCCGGAUAUUCGAUGUACUGCAUACAUUUCCAACCUGCCGUUCGAUUUAACCAACAUUGAUGUGCAGAAAUUAUUUUCCAAACAUGGAAAAAUCAUCAAAGUUACCAUACUGCGCGAUAAAGUGUCGAGAAAGAGCAAAGGGGUAGCUUUUGUGCUUUUCUCCAACGCACAGGAAGCGCUGGACUGUUGUAACGCGUGUAACAGCACGGAAAUGUUUGGCCGCACACUGAAGGCAAGCAUAGCCAAGGACAAUGGUAAAUCGGCCCUACACGCUCAAAGAAAACAGUACCCCGACAAAAGCCGCUGUUACGAGUGCGGCACAGAGGGACACAUGAGCUACAGCUGUCCCAAAAAUGUGCUCGGAAACAAAACACCCCCACGGAAAAAGGAUCGAAAACAAGCGAAACGAAAACAACCGAAUGAAACAACGGCUUCCUUUGAUUGGGCUAGCGAUACGGAAGAGGGACUUGCGGCUAGUUUAGAACCAACUACGGCCGGAUGCACCAAAAAGGUAAAGUACAGAAAAAGCAAAUAUUUCAGCGAUGACGAAGAGCUCGAUAGUGAAGAUUAAUGUGGCCUACAAUGUAAGUAUGGCAUUGUUGUUUCAUUAAAAACAACUAUAAUUUUACACAUAUUACCGUGCAACCAGACAUAUAGAGAAAUUUUCACACCGUGAAGCAUGAAAAAAUAGCCAAAAUCAACAUCGCUGAAACAUUUCACGCCUAAAUGUAUGUAAACAGUUGUCAUCCUGUACGGUACGAUGACAUUCGAUCAUAUUCACGCUUCACGGCGUGAGGCUAUUUACCGGGAUGUCUAGUUGCAUGGUUAGAAGUUUAAGCUAGGGGACAUCCUUUUACAAAUCCUUAUGACUUAACAACGAUUUGAGAAAGGGUGCCAUUGUUUUCAGAUAACCCAGAAACAGAACCCAGAAAGUCAUAUAUUAAGGUAGUCUGUGCGAAGGGUGGAAUGAACUAGAUAACUAAUAAUAAUCGAUGUAUAAAACUUAAA